AUGCCUAAGGAAGCUUUCCCUGUGUGGCAAACCCUGCUUGCAGAAGCCUGCCAGGGAAAGCUGAUUUUGGCGUUGCUGGAGGAGGCUCCGCCGAAUGUGAAGGGCACCGUCAAAAUCCUCAAGCCUUUGGUGCGUUCUGCAAAGGGCUCAUGGGACGUGUUUGCGUUGCUUGUGGCAGCUGCUGUGUUGCAGCUGGGAGGACAGCUUACGCGCUGGCUAGGAUCAGGCAGCGGAAGGAGCAGUGGCAACCGCCGCAGCAAAUCAUCCCAUGGGUCGGCUGGUGCCGCCGCAGCACGUCGGACCGGCGGCGGCAGUGUGGUCGUGUCCGAUGUGGCGGCCUCACCCACGGUGCUGCUACCGGACCCCCGCCUUGGAGGCGUGUGGGUUAAGGACCCUGAGCGCUCUGACUCCAUGGACGAGGCGACGGCGGUGAUGCGCCUCAACGGCCUCGUCCGCACCGCCAUUCGCCUGAUCAGAGGGCUGGAGAUAGACCCGGAGGCACUCAAGGCGGGCAGGUUUGACAUGGCUAUUUUUAGCGUCAUUUCUUUCUUUAAGGUCCGGGAGAGCUACCGACUGGAUGGGACUGUGGCGCACUUCAACCGGAGGGACCUGCGGCGGGGCAAACACACUGCGUCCAUCGCUGUACAGCCGGACGGCUCUGUCGUACUGUCGAUCAGCUGGGCAGCAGCCGGCAGUGAGCCCGUGGCAGCAGCAGGUGGUUUGAUGGGUUACGGCAGUACGACAACACAACAGCCGGAGGCGGCGCCCAACGGUGGCGACCUUUUGGUGGUGACGUCUAAGCUCCGGGUGGCGGGAGCUGCUCGUCAAAUCGUGUACCGUACAACCUACGUUCGAGCGGGGCGAGGCAGCAAGCAGCACCACGAUCACCGGCACAACUAG